ACCUUACAGAAUCAGAGAUUCUUGAUCAGUUGAACGUUGAUACUUUAAUAAAAUCCAAAGGAGAAAGGAUUGGUGAAAGUAAGACAAAAAAAUCAGUUUUCUGUCAAGACUUUCUACCGUAUUUGGAGAUUACAAUAACCGUACCCUUUUUCAGUUUAUACAUGGAAAGCUAUAUAUCGAAUGUCUGAAAGUUCUCCAGUAAGUUCACAGAAGAGCAACGCUAACAGACGUCCUGUUGCGAGAAGGGCAUGUUUGUCGUGUCGAGAAAAGAAGAUAAAAUGUGAUGGAGAACCGGUGAAUGUGGUGAAGACCCUUGAUACUAAUAAUAAAAUCAUACCCGAUAAUCCAAAAGUUUGCUCAAAUUGUCAAUUUCUAGGGAUCGAAUGUGUUUUCGUAGCCAGUAUGAGAGGUGGUAGAAGGAAAAAGAGAUCAAGUACAGAACUAGAGAAUCCAAUUUCAAGAAAUGCUAAAAAUUUGAAGCCAAAUUCAAUCACCGAUUAUGAAAAUAAUUCGACCAAUUCAAAUUCAAAUUCAUCUAAAUUGAUCAGUCCUCGUGGCUCCAAUGGUAGCUCGAGUAUAAGAGAUGGGUUGAAUCAGUUCUUAUUAGAUCAACACAAUAGAUUUAACUCGAGCUCAAAUGAUUCAAAACCAAUUUCUCCCACCAUUUCUUAUGCUUCAACUUCUUAUGCUGAUUUUAGACCUGCCCAUCUUGCUUCUUCUGCAGAAUCUUCUUCAAAACAACCUCACUCCAUAUAUGGCUAUCCCGUCUACGAUUAUAGGCACCAUUACCCCCCAAGUGAGACCCCAAGUGAUACUCCUGGUGCAGUAGCUAACUUUUAUAAUCAUUUACCACCACCACCUCCUAUGCCUUCCCAUUUCCGUCAUCAUUGGCCUCCGCCGCCUCCUCCGCCGCAUAUGAUGGGAUACCCACCUCCACCACCACCACCACCUCACUUGAUGUUCUACGGUCCUCCUCCAUUUGGUCCCGGUGGUCCUCCUCCUGGUAGCAAUAGCCCCGGUGAUUAUCCCCAUCCUCGUCAUUGGCCCCCUCCACCUCCUCAUAUACCUGGUUAUGGUCCACCACCCCCUCCUCCUCAUAUGCUACCACCACCACCACCGGCUCCUCAACCAGGCUCGUCACUGGAUAAAGAGUCUUCUAUUAAAAGCGGUGAUUCUAAUAAAGAUUGCUCAUCAAGAGAUCGUGAACUAGAGAGAAGGUAUCCUUACUAUAGCUACCCCCGCCACCCUUAUCCACCAGUACCACAAUCUUAUUCCCGUAGUCCAAGUCUAAGAAAUCAUUCAUCUUUAGCUAAAUUUAGUCAUAAUCGUGAAGGUAAACCAAUUUUACCACCGUUAGAUCAUUCAAGAGCAUCAAUGAUACCCGGUGAAUCAUCACUGAUCAAGGUAAAAAACCACGAAAAAUUAGAUGGCCCCGAGUCCACUACGUCUGCUUUAAAACAUCCGACUGGAUCGGAUUUCAAAAGUAUGGAUAUUGAUCAACCACCUACUAAAUCAUCCUCCAAAUCUCCAAUACUGAAUGCACCAAGCACAUCAACAAACUCAUCAUCAUCAUGUGCCAAACCCAAGAAAACGAUCGAAAACGAGUCAAGGCAUAAGUCACCAUUUGAUCCUUUAGAAUUAGAACACUAUGAAUUACCAACAUGGGAAGUUUUAAGCCAAUUACUUAAUUAUUACUAUAAGUUCAAUCAUUUAGAUCAUAAAUUUUUACCAAGUCAAGAAAUAUUUAUCGAAAGACUAUCAUUACGUCAAGAUAGUUCGAUAUUACAUUCACUAAUAGCCACUUUAAGCUUAAAUAAAUCCGACUUGAUUGAAUCAGAUGAUGAUUUUUGGAUAAGAAAAGCAUUAAAGUAUUGGGAUAAUUUAAGUGAUUUUGGAAUGUUUUUAACAUUUUCAUUCAUGUCAAAAACUAGAAGUUAUAAACGAGAUUUAGAUAAGUAUAAUGAAUUGAGUUCAAGAAUAUAUCAAAUCAUUCAUUAUAAUAGAUAUUUAGAAGUUCUACAAGAUGAUGGAUUACCCUUUAAUCGAAGACAAAUAUAUGAAAGGGAAGUAUUAAUGAGAUUAAUAUGGUCAUAUUGGAUAAAUAAUUUAAUCAUGUUUAGAUACAAACAAGGGUAUCCAUAUGAUAAGAUAUCCAAAAUUUUUAAAGAAGAAAAACUUGAAAUUGAUGCUUAUAAUUCUAAAAUUAUCCUACCAGGUAAUGAUGAUGAUUAUUUUAAUUUAAAGAAUUUAACUCAUCGAUUUAGUUUACCGGACUUAAUUAAUAAUGAUAAGAAGUUUAACGAUUCAACUUCAUUCAUUUAUGCAAUGAAAAAAUUUGAUGAUUUAUUGGAAGAGAUAAAUCGUAAUGAAAUACAUGACAACAACCAAUUUUCAAAUUCCUUUAAUGACUUUAUUGAAAAAAAUUUAUUCCGAUUAGAAUUAAUUAACAAUGAUUCUGAAAUCUUGGUUAUAAAUUCAUCGGUUUUAGCAUCAACUUUUAUGUCGAGAUACUGUAUUAUUUUACAAAAUGGGUUUCAAUUAAAAAAUUUAUUUACUUUUAAGAUUUACGAAUUUAAUAAUGAUAAAAAAACAAAAUUAGAAUAUUUUAAUGAAAUAUCACUGAAUAAUUUUACUAAAGUGACAGAAUUACCUACUUUAAUCAAUGAAUUAUCAGGUGAAAGAAUAAAUAAUUUAAUCAUGCUUAUUAGACAGGUUUUAGAGGUUUCAAAAUUAUUCGAAUUAGGAUUAGGAAAAUUUGGUAACAAUACAAAAGAACGCCCAACUGUUAUUGGAAUUACCCAAACUAGUCAUAAUGAUAAUAGUAAGCCUUGGUGGCAAGACGAAAGCUUAAUUACUUUUGGUAAAGAGAUGUGGAAAAAAUAUCCAGAAUUUUCAUUAGAUAUUGCAUGUUCAUUAAUUGCGAUACUAGCAAGUCUUAUUGUAUUGACAAAGUUUUUAAAGUUAGAUUUUAAUAAAGAUCAUACCCAAUUGAAACUAUUAAAAUCAGAUAAAACCUUAAAGACUCCUUUUAAAGAUAGCGACGAAGAAAUAAUUAACAAAUUUGAUGCUAAUCUUUUAUUCGAAACUUUCAGCAAGGUUAUUAAUUUCAUUCAAGUUAAACUAAGAAUAGAUAACAACUUUGAUGAUAUCCUAACCAAUAAUACCAUCAAUAAGAUUAACAACAUCAGCCAUUACCUCGAAGAAAUCAUGUCAAGUCUUGAUUAA